AGGAGGCCGGGGAGAGCGGAGGGGGCCGGGCUAGGCCGGGCCAGGCCAAGCCGGGGAGAGCCAUGGCAGUGCCGGCCUCGUAGAAGGGAGACCAUGUUGCCCAGCAAGGCCGGGAACGGGUCCGCCUCUGCCGCGCUGCCCCGGGGCCCGGGCAUGGCCUUGCCGCGGCCGCCCUCCUCCUCCUCCUCGUCGGCCCCGCACCGCCUCCGAGGCCCCGGGAACGGGACCGGGCCGCGCUUCGACCGCGACGCCGUGCUGGGAGGCGCAGGCAGCGGCAGCGAGGGGGACUCCGACUCGGGCGAGGACGAGGAGCCGCUGGGCGACCGCCGAGGGGUGAAGCGGGCGCUCGGGGAGGCGGAGCUGGGCGCCGCGGCGGCGGCAGGAGUGGGGCAAGCGGUGGCGGCGGGGCAGGAGGCGCCCUCCUCGGCUGCCCUGGCUGCGGGAGCCCCCGGAGGGGGAGGAGGAGGGUACAGCGGCGCGGCCAGCGGGGCCAAGCCCGGCAAGAAGACCCGCGGGCGCGUCAAGAUCAAGAUGGAAUUCAUCGACAACAAGCUGCGCCGAUACACCACCUUCAGCAAGAGGAAGACCGGCAUCAUGAAGAAGGCCUAUGAACUUUCCACCCUAACGGGGACGCAAGUAUUGUUGCUCGUGGCCAGCGAGACGGGCCACGUGUACACGUUCGCCACGCGGAAGCUGCAACCCAUGAUCACCAGCGAGACGGGGAAAGCACUGAUCCAGACAUGCUUGAACUCUCCCGACUCCCCUCCUCGGUCGGACCCGACCACGGAUCAGCGCAUGAGCGCAACGGGCUUUGAGGAGACAGACCUCACUUACCAGGUGUCCGAAUCGGAUAGCAGUGGAGAAACAAAGGGUCAUUGGUCGGAGGAAGGAGCGGCAGGCAGUCCAAGCCAGGAUACACACACCACAGACCAGAAUCCUCCUGGUUCUGGAGAUCAGGAUUCUCUGAAGCCCGCGUUCACAGUUACCAACCUGCCGGGCACAACGUCGACCAUCCAAACGGCACCCACCACCUCCACUUCCAUGCAGGUCAGCAGCGGCCCCUCGUUCCCCAUCACCAACUACCUAGCGCCAGUCUCUGCCAGUGUCAGCCCCAACGCGGUCACCAGUGCCAAUGGGACAGUGCUGAAAACCACUGGAUCCAGCGCCGUGGCGUCUGGAGGGCUCAUGCAGAUACCCACUGGCUUCACCCUCAUGUCAGGUGCUCCACUCCCUCCUGCGACCCCUACCAUUCCUUUCACUCAGUUACAGCCACAUUCGCUGGCCCUCCCUGGCCAGCAGGCCCAGGUGGCAGUUGCAGGCACACCUGGACAGCUGCAGCAAGCCCAACAGACACUCUUCCGAUUUCCAGCCGCAGCCGGAGGGCAGAUUGUUUCCCUCACAGGUGGUGCUGUGGCUCAACAAGUCCCCGUCCAAGCCAUCCAAGUGCAUCAAGCCCCCCAGCAGACGUCUCCCACAAGCGACAGCAGCACUGAUCUCACCCAGACCUCUUCCAGCGGGACAGUGACCUUGCCAGCUACUAUCAUGACUUCAUCAGUGCCAACCACCGUGGGAGGCCACAUGAUGUACCCCAGCUCUCACGCAGUGAUGUAUGCGCCAACAUCAGGCCUCACGGACGGUGGGCUGGCCGUUCUCAACGCCUUCUCCCAGGCGCCAUCAGCAAUGCAGGUUUCACAUGGGCAGGUCCAGGAUCAGGGUGGCGUUCCUCAGGUGUUCCUUACAGCACCUUCAGGAACGGUGCAAAUCCCAGUCUCAGCUGUCCAGCUUCAUCAGAUGGCUGUUAUUGGGCAGCAGUCCAGCGGCAGCAGCAACUUGACAGAGCUGCAGGUGGUCAACUUAGACACGUCACACAGUUCCAAGGGUGACUGAGCAACUCUGGGAGGACCUGGUUGGGGGGAGGGAAGGAAGAGUGUACCUGGCACCCAAACCCACAGCCGCCGCUGCGACCGUCGCCUCCAGCUUUUGUGCUCUGCACAGCCCCAGGAUCUGUGUCACUCCUCAAGCUGCACCAGGAUCUUUGUGGUCCCUAUUUUUGUAUGGACUCCGUCACUUAUUUAUUGUUGCCUUUUUCACGUUUUUUUUCUUCUCUCACACAUUACACUGACUCAUAAACACACACACACACACACGUACACUAAAAGUGGCUGCGUGGCCAGCAGCAGGAGCUGAGCCUGGGCAUUGGGACUGGCGAGUGGGAGGGCGGGGGGAGCUUUGUUGCAUAUGAAUGCUGCAUUUACUGUGCUUUUUGUGUUUUGUUGGGAGGUUGGUGGUGGUCAUUUUUUUCCUCUACACUCCAGCCAAAGAAAAGGUCUCUCACGGGUGGGAGGGUUAGCUCCGCCGUGUAUAUAACACUUUCUGUUUUCAUUGCGGGAGGUCUUUCUCUCGCUUCCCGUCCCUGACAUAAUGUCCAUAGGAUAUCCAGCCACUUCCCCAGUCUAGUGCCUCCAAGGCCGGACGCCUGAGGCUGUUGGGAAGAGUUGGAUUGCAGAAGGGCUUAAAGCCGUCAUAAAAAAGGGAGUUCCUUUUUCAAUCAUAGACUUCCUUCCUUUUUUUCUUUUUACCUCUGCUGGGGCAGAGAGCCACCUCUCUUUCCCCUUGCUCCUAGGUUCAGGUCCUCCAGCUGGCUGCAGCAUUGUGCCUUCAAGCAAUCAGUGAUGCAUUGUGGGUUGGCCAUCGCAAUGGCCUCUUGCCUUUAUCCUCAGCUUGUGAAAAGGGGUUGUUCCCAUUGGCGCCCACGUUAGUUGGGGAGAGGGCAGAAAGCAGAGGAUCUUGAACUUCCUCCUGAGGGGUUCCUCUCCCAGAAUGUAUGAACAGAUUUGAGUGGCUGCAUGACGUGAGAGGCAACAGCUUCUUGCCUGGCUACACACCACCAUUUCACUGCCAAAAAGGGUGUUUGUUAGCCACAUUUCCUUUUAUUUUUUAAGAAUACACAUCCAGUGACUCAAACGCCUGGCAGCUGCAAUUGCUCCAUGGCCUUGUGUGGUACUUGGGGGGUUAUCCUCUCAGAGGUUUUGCCACUGCUUUUCUCUUGAGAAAAUAGAAGAGUUGAAACAUUAGGGAAUAAAAUGGAAAAUACAUUUGGAAAAUGAGCAGGCGGUGCUUUAAAAACUUGAAUCAUUGGUCCAUCCCAAGGCAGUUGUAUUCACAAAUGGGGUGCAGUACAGUAAGACUUCCUUAUCAGCAGGGCACCUGAAGCCACAGAGAUUACUGAA